AUGAUGGAAGAUGAUGAUGAUACAAAACUCAAGAAAGAAAUAGAAGCUGAAUUGGAUAAAAUCAGCAUUACUUCCCUGGAAAAAGAGGAUGUUGAUAGUGACUCAAAAUCAGAAACUCUGACUGAUGAUAGUGAUACGAAUUUGGAUGAAUUACCUGAGUCUGUUCUUCACUGUAUUAACAUCAUAAAGAACAAGACUAAAACUGUUGAAGAGCUUAUACUUCAGGACUUGGAAGAUACUGAUGUUUUAAGUAACAGUUAUGGAGCAGUGUCUAAUAAUCAUAUGCAUUUAAGGAUAGAAUUAUCAACUGAAUGUAAAGAAAAUCCAGAGCAGUUAAUGAAGAUAUUAUCUGAAAUAGAAAAGGAAGAAUUUCUGAGAAGUAAAACCCGCUGUGGCAGUCCCUAUUCUGUUCCUGAGCCUGGUCCUCUUUAUUUGCCUAGGGAUGAACAUGCUUUACCAGAUGAUGCUGAUAUAAAUUUUGGAUACUGUGAAGUGGAAGAAAGAUGUAGGAAGUCCUUUGAGGCUUGGCAAGACAAACAGAAAGAACUAGAAGACCAAGAGAAAGAAACUCUCAAAGCUCAGAGGGAUAGAGAAGAAAAACAAUUUCAAGAAGAAGAAGAAAAGAGACAUUCCUGGAUAAAACAAUUUGAAAUUGAAAAGAAGAAAUUGGAAAAUAUUCAGAAGCAAGAACAGGACAAGAUGAAUGAUGAACUCCAUAAAGAAGAGAAAAUGUGGAAAGAGAAGUUUAAACAGCAUGAGGAGUUUAUUAGAAACUUGCAUUUACAAAUGGAAGAAGAAAGAACCAGAUUUAAAGACCUACAGGAACAAGAAAAGAUGCGUUUGUUAAAACUGCAGCAUAAUGCAGCUGUAAAAAUUCAAGCUAAAUAUAAAGCACUUGUGGCCUACCGAAAGUAUGGCCCAAUCAUAAAAGAACAAAUAGAAAGUAAAAAAAGGAAAGCACAAGAGUGGAAAGAAAAAGAAGCAAAAAUACGACAUAUAGAAGAAGAAAAACGAAAAAGAUUAGAAGAAAAGCAAAGGAUAGAAGAAGAGAUUAAACAGCAAAAGCAAGAGGAAAGGAAAAGGAGAGAAAAAGAAUAUGAAGAAAAAAAGAACAUCCUGAGAAAAGAAAAAGAGCAACUACUAAUCAAAGAAAAAUUAAGAGAAGAUGCAAGCAAACAGCUAAUAAUAAGUAGAACAUCAAAGAACAGGGAAUAUACUGCUAAACAUUUAGCUGUUGAAGGUACGUCGAAGAAUAAGGAUGAUAUAGCCAAAAAGCUAGGGGAUAAAACUUCAAAGAUGUGGGAAGAUGUUCCCCUUUGGCUAUUUGAAGAAUUGAAUAAGAAAGAAAAUGUAAGUGGAUGUCUUACAUUGAAAGAAUCAAUACAAGUGCAAUUAAAAGAAUCUGCUUCAAGCCAAGACAUUUUGGCAGCAUUUAAAAUGGAAGGAAAAAUUGAACACCUAGCAAGACAACGAUGUUCAGAAAAAGUGGUCAAGCAAGCAAGAAAAUAUGAAAAUAUAGACAAGACUAAACUGGGAAACCCAGAUCUAAAAGAGAAUGGGAAAGAACAGUUUCAGCUGCAAGAAUUAAAGUCUCUAAUACAAAAAGAGGAAAAUGUGAAGCCUGCCUUCAAUGAGAAUAUGACACAAGAAACCCAAGCAAUAAUAUUAGGACAUAAUCAAGAAACUAAUGAGGUGAAAACCAAUGAAGCACAGAAAAUAAUCAAAGAUAGUCAUCAGAAUAAGAUACAAAAAGUAGAGAGAGAAGAGAUAUCCGAACAGAAUGGAACAUUGUGUGAAGAGAGUGAUAUUUCAGUGAUUUCAAUGAAACAGAAACUACUAACACUAAAAUCAGAAAAUUCUGAAGAUACAGGGGAAAAUGUACUACUACAAGACAACAGAAUUGAUUUAAAAUCCAAAGAAACUGAGGAGAAUCCAAAAGGCAAUAGUGAUAUAAUUUUUAACAGCAGUGAUGCCAUGAUAAAUGCAGAAGACAAAAUAAACACACAAGAUUUUACUUCAGAUGGAAAUGCUCGUCGUGAAGACUUAAGUGGCUGUAAUGCAAAAAACUCCUCAGUUUUUAAAGAAGUAAACUCUCUUAAGUCUCAGAUUACAGAAAUUCCAGAAGAAUGUCAUGGAAAUGGAGCUGAAUGUGACAGUGCUGUGGCCGGCUCUUUACCAGAGCUAUCACUUGUGUCUUCUAUCGAAGAGAAGAGGCUAGCUUGGAUAAAAUCAUUUAAACCUUGGUUUGAAAUUUUUAAUCAAAAUCAUCAAAAGAAAGUUGUUAAGAGAAAGAGACCUGUAAAAUGCCCAGCGAACACGAUGCCCCCUUUGAACACAGUAGAAAUUCUUCAGGGUGGCCCUUGGGAUUCUUUACAGCAGGUUACAACAGUUACAUUUCAAGAUUUGCCAGGUUGCAGUCUCUCCACACUGGCAGAGUGUACAAACCUUCAGUUUCUGUCUCUUCGGCGCUGUGGAUUAAUGUCUUUGCACAGCCUGAGUAACUGCAAAAAACUGAAGCACAUUGAUGUACAGGAAAACCAUAUUGAGACCAUCAAUUGUGAAAAUUUGGAAAAUCUCUGUGUUGUUCUUCUUAAUAAAAAUCAACUGACUUCUUUUCAUGGUUUGGAUGGCUGCACUAAUAUCCAAAAUCUUGAACUUUCACAUAAUAAAAUCACACGAAUUGGUGGUUUAGAAUCUUUGAAAAAUCUUCAGCAACUAGUUGUGGACCACAAUCAGUUAAUUAGUACAAAAGGUCUUUGUGAUGCUCCUACUAUCAUAUACUUGGAUUGCUCUCAUAAUCAUCUUACUGAAGUUGAGGGUAUUGAAAACUGUGGGUUGCUCCAAAUACUGAAGUUACAGGGGAAUUAUCUAAGUGAGCCUCCAUCCUUAGAGAAUCAUAUUCUACUAAGGGAAUUGUACUUGGAUGAUAACAGCAUUUCAGCUGUGGAUGCAUUUUCUUCAUAUUGGCUGCCAUUACUACAAAACCUGACUCUCUCUCAAAACAGCUUGACAAAAAUCAUACCACUUUUUCAUUUUGUUUCUUUGGAAAAACUGGAUGUCAGCAACAAUUGUCUUUCUGAUCUUAAAAGUACCGAAAGAUGUUUUGAUGCAUGCUAUUCUCUCCGUGAAUUGUCUCUCACUGGAAAUCCACUUCUUCAAGAAUUAAACUGGAGGAAUUCUCUGCUGAAAAUAUUACCGGCUCUAAGAAUCCUCAACGGUGAAAUGCUAAGCUCUUCCUCAGAAAGCCAUACUGAAGAACAUUAUCAACCAGGGUUAGGUCACUUCCUGACAUUUUGUCAGUCCCAGAUUCGAGAAUUCAACUUACUAACUGAAAACUGUAUUAUUGGGAAAGGAAAUAUAUUCACCUUGGAUGCUGCAGAAAAUCUCUGUCAUUAUUUCAAGAAAUUGAUGAUACUUAGCAAUGAAUACCGAUGUGUACAUGAACGUGGGGAUAUAAGUAUCACCCAGAGAGACGAAUCAGAAGUCCAGCAAAAUCAUUUGUCAUGUACAAACAGGGACAGUGCGCUGCAAAAUAGAGUUCUUUACUCUUGUGCAAAUGAACAUAAACCAGACUCACCAGAUAUUUCUGAGGAAUGGGUGGACUCUGGCUCUAGUCAUUCCCUAUCAAUCAACUCCUCCUUAUGUGAAAGUAUGGAAGGCAAAAAUCAGGAAAAAAUAGUAGAACAGAAGAGAGAGGACAGCAAAGCAAGCUACACCCUCACCGAAAGAAUCCCAUUCAUGGAAACAGUAAUGACAAAAUCUCUGCUGAAGAAUCAUCAAAAUAUUGAACAUCAUGAAAGAAUUAUGGCAGCUGUGGUAAUCCAGGCACACUGGCGUGGUCACAUCAUGCGCAGACAGAUUCAUUUCUCUACCAGGCUACAUACUCUUGCAGUAAGACCCCCGACAUCCCGGCCAAAUUCCUGCAUCAAUAAUAAAACUAUUUUAAAGAAAGAAAAAAAAGAAAAUAUCCAAGAACAGAGGGAGAAGGCUGCUAUUCUUAUUCAGGCAGUUUGGAAGGGCUUUAUUUUACGGAAAAAACUCACAGCAGCUCUAGAAGCUAUUAACAAUGAAGAAUCUGAAGACGAAUACGAGGAAAUAGAUUUAGAGGAGUUUACAUUUAAUGAAGCUGCCUUAGAGAAAGAAUGGUUAGCUUUAGAUCCCGCCCACUUCCCUUCACAAACACUCCUCCCAACCCAGCUGCACCGGCCAAAGUUCUCUGGAACCUUAAAAUACGAUGAUAUUUCACUUAACUUACCAAGUCAUCCAGCUCAAGCAUGGCUAUGUAAUGAGAAAGAAAAUGUAUUUUCAUCGGAACACACACAAUGUAAUAGCAGAUCAGAAGAUAGAGCUUUAUUCUGGACACCUGAAUCAAAGACCAACAGAAAGAGUUUGCUAAAAUCUGAAAAAGAAGAAAAAAUUUCAGAGGAAUGGGGGUUUAAGGAUAUUUCUACUGCUCAGCAAAUGCUGAAGAGAGCACAGAAAAUGAAAUCAAAGAAAUUAAGGAAAAAAUUAGAUCCCACUGUAUGCUUGGCAUUAUUUAAAAACAGUGAAAAUAAAGUUUUCGUUACAAAAUCACCAAAGAAGGUACAGCCCAGAAGAGAGGGUUACUUUGAAGUGACCCCCUGGAACCUUGAUCUUGGCCUGGAUUUAAAAACUUCUACAGAUAGCCUUGCCUCCAGGGUAGGUAAGGAAGAAGAAUUUACCUACAAGGAUACCAGUGCAAAUGAAAAAUUAGAAAGGAGUAAAGAAUAUACAUGUCAAUGGCUUCACACACAGGUUGGGGUUCAUGAAACUAGUUCCAGAAAUAUGAAAUGCAAUCACUUCUUGCCUGAGUUAGAUCCAGAUGUGCUUAAUGGUGGAAGAGUUCAGCUUGUGAAAGAAGAUGGCGUUAAUAGAAGGAAAAUGGCCAAUAUGGAAUCUAGAGAAAUGGAGCCCACUAAACAAGAAAUUUUCAGUGUGUUUCCAGAAGUUUCCAGAGGAGAGAGUACCUUACCCAGUGACAAAAGUGUGUGGCUUCCUUGGCAGGCAAGACUUGUAAGCAGAGAAGACACGGAUUUAGACCUUUUUUCCAUGACUAGUGGAAGUGCUUCGUCUGUGAAGAAAGAAAAAAAAAAUCAGGCCCACAGACACUCAAUGGGAUCUUCAAGUAAGUUGUGGUUUCCUUCAGAAUUAAUUUAGAAAUCACAAGUGAAUUGA